CGACGUCCCCGAACACCUUGACAACCGGGAGCGGGAUCGUGAGCGGAUUCGCAGCGUGGAGAGCGGCAGGGAAAACGAGCGUUCCCUGCUACCGCCGUUGCUCGAUCCAUCGCUUCGUCUCAAGCUCCGGUCCCGCUCUUGGUCGGUGUUCGUGCGGCCGCGGGCCCCACGGCCACCAUGUCGGUUUCCCCGACCACCACCCCUACCUACAAACGCGACUUUUAUAGUUUCAACUACUCAGUCUCCGCAAUCGGUAGCCACUUUCAGCUGACACGGGGGGUUUCAUUUUGAAUUCCCCGUUUUUUCACUUACAUCUAGCAUGCAACGGGUCAUGCAUCCAAUCCGCCAUUUACACAUGCCCUAUAACUCAUAGAUUUGCAUAGAGCGAUGAUUGAUGGCUAGACAUUCGAUUACAAUUAUUCGCAAUUCCUAAUUUCCUAAACAGUCAACAAAACAGAAACGGGCAUACAGCGGGGCAUGGUAUUACACUAAAAAAGAGAAACCUAUUUUAACUAGAAGUAGUAGCUUAGAUAAUAAGUCAGGUAGAACUACACGUAGUAAAGUUACUGAUAGUUUUGAACACACAGAGUUAUUAUUCGAUAAAAAAUUACGAAAUAAAAAAAUGGUUACUAUAAAAUUAGAGGACGCGUUUAAAUUAAUACCUUUAUGCACAGGUGAGGAUGACAUAUAUCCAUUUAUUAAUGCAUGUGACAUGGCAGUGAGUCUAGUCGAGGAAAAAUGUGCACCAACGUUAGUGAAAUAUAUUACUACCAGAUUAACUGGUAGAGCGUUAGAAAUGAUACGAUAUAAAAAUGUGACCAAGUGGACAUUUAUUAAAAGUUAUUUAACAGACGCGUUUGAGGAUCUAACAACUGCAUCUAGCUUACAAAUACAACUAAAUUCGAUUAAAAUGCGCAAUGAUUCGCAACCAAAUAACAUUAAUAGACCGGUUAUAAAAUGCUAUCAUUGUAAUGGUAAUCAUUAUGCAUCGCAAUGUAGAAAUAACGUAAGACAAAAUAAUACAAAUAAUCGUAAUAACAACCAUCCACCUAAUGGAAAUAAUUUUACUAGGCCACCCACAAAUUAUAAUUAUUCGCAAGCAAUAAUGUGCACAUAUUGUAAUAAGAUAGGUCAUAAUAUACAUAAUUUCUAUAAAAAACGUAACGAUGAAAGUAGAAAUGGUAAUUCGGGAAACGCGAACGUAUCGAACGAGGAACGCGGUACCCGUUCGAUAAACCAGAUAAUCGCAGAGGAGAUGAACGAUGUUUCCACAUCGACGCAGUAAUAAAUAAUAACCAUAUAACAUGUAAAUCAGCCGCUAGUAAAACAAAUGAAUUAAGCUUACUAAUAGAUACGGGUAGCCAAGUUAAUAUACUCAAAAUAAAUUGUUUACGCGGAGAACUAAAAGUAAAUGAAACACAGAAAAUUAAAUUACGUGGUAUACAUAAGGAACCCAUUCAAACAAUAGGAAAAAUAAAAAUACCCAUAGAAUUAAAUAAUAAUAUUAUAGAUACAGAAUUUAACAUAGUAGGAACACAAUUCCCUAUACCAAGAGAUGGCAUAUUAGGUCACGAGUUUCUAUUAAAAAACAAAGCGAUAGUAGACAUUUCGAAUAACAAAAUAAUAAUUAAAAACGCAGAAACGUUUUUACACACCCCUACUCACGUAGA